AUGGAGGCUGGGAAGCGCAGCUCCUCCGCCGGCAGCCGGGACGAUGGCAGCGCUAACUCGUUCCCAGCCAAGCCGGCGGCUUCGGCGGAGAAAGCCCAGAGCAGCCCCGGCAGCGGCGGCGUGAAGGAGCAUGGCAACUCGGUGUGCUUCAAAGUGGACGGCGGCGGGGGCGAGGAGCCCGUGGUGGGCUUCGAGGAUGCCGAGGGACCCCGUCGGCAGUACGGCUUCAUGCAGCGGCAGUUCACCUCCAUGCUGCAGCCGGGGGUCAACAAAUUCUCCCUCCGCAUGUUCGGCAGCCAGAAGGCGGUGGAGAAGGAGCAGGAAAGGGUUAAAACUGCGGGGUUCUGGAUCAUCCACCCCUACAGCGACUUCAGGUUUUACUGGGACUUAAUCAUGCUCAUAAUGAUGGUUGGAAACCUUGUCAUUAUACCAGUCGGAAUCACAUUCUUCACAGAGCAAACAACAACACCAUGGAUUAUUUUCAAUGUGGCAUCAGACACUGUUUUUCUAUUGGACUUGAUCAUGAAUUUUAGAACUGGGACUGUAAAUGAAGACAGCUCUGAGAUAAUACUGGACCCUAAAAUCAUUAAGAUGAAUUACUUAAAAAGCUGGUUUGUGGUUGACUUCAUCUCAUCAAUACCAGUGGAUUAUAUCUUUCUCAUUGUAGAAAAAGGAAUGGAUUCAGAGGUUUACAAGACAGCAAGAGCACUUCGUAUUGUGAGAUUUACAAAAAUCCUCAGCCUGUUACGUUUAUUGCGCCUUUCAAGACUGAUCAGAUACAUACACCAGUGGGAAGAGAUUUUCCACAUGACGUAUGAUCUGGCCAGUGCAGUGGUGAGAAUCUUUAAUCUGAUUGGAAUGAUGCUCCUGCUGUGCCACUGGGAUGGUUGUCUACAGUUUUUAGUACCAUUACUCCAGGAUUUCCCACCAGAUUGCUGGGUGUCCCUAAACGGUAUGGUUAACGAUUCCUGGGGAAAGCAGUACUCCUAUGCACUCUUCAAAGCCAUGAGCCACAUGCUCUGCAUCGGGUACGGAGCCCGCGCCCCCGUCAGCAUGUCCGACCUCUGGAUCACCAUGCUGAGCAUGAUCGUGGGGGCCACUUGCUAUGCCAUGUUUGUUGGCCACGCCACUGCCCUCAUUCAGUCCCUGGAUUCGUCACGACGACAGUACCAGGAGAAGUACAAACAAGUGGAACAGUACAUGUCAUUCCACAAAUUACCUGCAGAAAUGCGCCAGAAGAUACAUGAUUACUAUGAGCAUCGCUACCAAGGCAAGAUCUUUGAUGAAGAAAAUAUUUUGAAUGAGCUCAAUGAUCCUCUCAGAGAGGAGAUUGUCAACUUCAACUGUCGGAAGCUGGUGGCUACAAUGCCUCUUUUUGCUAAUGCAGACCCAAAUUUUGUGACUGCCAUGCUAAGCAAACUGAGAUUUGAGGUGUUCCAACCUGGAGAUUAUAUUAUCCGAGAAGGGGCUGUGGGUAAGAAGAUGUAUUUCAUUCAACAUGGUGUUGCUGGUGUUAUCACCAAGUCCAACAAGGAGCUGAAGCUGACAGAUGGCUCUUACUUUGGAGAGAUCUGCCUUUUGACCAAGGGCCGUCGAACUGCCAGCGUACGAGCAGACACGUACUGCCGCCUGUACUCGCUCUCAGUGGACAACUUCAACGAGGUGCUGGAAGAGUACCCCAUGAUGAGAAGGGCCUUCGAAACGGUGGCAAUUGAUAGACUUGACAGGAUAGGGAAGAAGAACUCGAUCCUGCUGCAGAAGUUCCAGAAGGACCUCAACACCGGCGUUUUCAACAACCAGGAGAAUGAGAUCUUGAAGCAGAUCGUGAAGCACGACAGGGAGAUGGUGCAGACCAUCGCCCCGGUGAGCCUGCAGCAGAUGCCAGCCCUCAACUCCAGCACCUCGGCCUCGUCGCGCGGCAGGACGCAGUCCCCGCCCGUGUACAGCACCAGCAGCCUCUCGCACACCAACCUGCACUCGCCCUCGCCCAGCACGCAGCCGCCACAGCAGGCCGUCAUCCUGUCGCCCUGCUCCUACACCACGGCCGUCUGCAGCCCGCCGGUACAGAGCCCGCUGGCCGGCCGAACUUUCCAGUACGCCUCGCCGACCGCCUCGCAGCUCUCCCUCAUGCAGCAGCAGCAGCAGCAGCAGCAGCAGCAGCAGCAGCAGCAGCAGCAGCAGCAGGCGCACGCAGCGCAGCAGCCGCCGGGAGCCGCGCAGAAGAACGAGGUGCACAAGAGCACCCAGGCCCUCCACAACACCAACCUGACGCGGGAGGUGCGGCCGCUGUCCGCCUCGCAGCCCUCCCUGCCCCACGAGAUCUCCACCCUGAUCGCCAGGCCUCACCCCACCGUGGGGGAGUCGCUGGCCUCCCUCCCGCAGCCCGCCCCGGGCCCCGGCGUGCCCCCGGCCGGGCGGGCCAGCGUGCCGCAGCGGGUCUCGCUGUUCCGGCAGAUGUCCUCGGGAGCCAUCCCCCCGAACCGCGCGGCCGCGCCGCCCGCCGCCCCGCUGCAAAGGGAUUCUUCCACAGUCUUAAGCACAGAGCCCGAGGGAGACAAACCGCGGUUCGCCUCAAACUUAUGA